UUUCACGAUUAAUGUCGGUUAGGUUAGUUAGGAAAAGCCCAAAUCCGAGUUCUCCGUAAGCGCAAAAUAUUCAGAGCCAAGUCAGGGCAGGUCGCGGAUCUGAUCCCAGCAUAGCACCCGCCAAAUCCCCAAUUCUCUCUCCGACAACGUUUCCUAUCUGAGCCCCCCUCGAUUCCCUCAUAAUCACGGAAUGUCGUCCACCUACAGAGAUCGGACGUCGGAGUUCCGUUCACUCUCGCAGACUCUGAAGAAGAUCGGAGGAGUCACAGUCGUUAAUCGAUCAGAAAACGACCCAUCUUCAUCGGAACCAUCUGUACCGGCCCCUUCUAGAUCCGAAUUCAACAAGAAGGCUUCGAGAAUUGGGUUGGGGAUCCACGAGACCUCUCAGAAGAUCGCCAGACUCGCCCAGCUGGCAAAAAGGUCAUCAAUGUUCGACGAUCCGAUCGUGGAAAUACAGGAAUUAACGGCUCUGAUAAAGAAUGAUAUAACGUCGCUGAACGUAGCUCUUUCAGAUUUACAGACUAUUCAAAACAUCGAAAUGGCAGACGGGAAUUAUUCCGACGACAGAGUCGUUCAUUCCACAGCUGUUUGUGAUGAUUUGAAGAGCAAACUUAUGGGGGCGACAAAACAGCUUCAAGAUGUUUUAACCACAAGAACAGAGGUUCGUUUCAAUAAGCAAUACUUUAAAUUUGAUCCAUUUGUAACUCCUAACUAUUUUUUCUCCUCACAGCAUAUUAAGGCUCAUGAGAAUAGGAAGCAAAUGUUUUCAAAGAAUGCAUUAAGGGAGAACCCUUUUCAGCAUAAUUCGAAAACUGUGACCGAACCACUCCCUUGGUCCAGUUCAUCAAAUGGAGCUGCGAGUCCACAACCAUCAGCAUUGGCUGCAAAUGGAGUGCAAGUUGGCAACCAACUGAGACGAAGGUUAGCUGUUGAUAACACUCCAUCCCAGCAGAUGGAAAUGUCCAUGUUACAGCAGGUAGUUCCACGGCAGGAAAAUUACACACAAAGUCGGGCAGUUGCUCUUCACAAUGUGGAAUCAACUAUUUCGGAACUCAGUGGGAUCUUUACACAUUUGGCUACAAUGGUUGCACAGCAAGGGGAACUCGCAAUCAGAUGCAAAGAUUCCCCACGCCAGCCCGAUUAUUUUGCUUCCUAAGCCCAAGUUGAUCCAGGAUUGCAUGGCAUGGUGGGCCGGACUGAAAACUUGGUAAAACAUAGCGGGGCACCACUUCAUGACAUAUAUUCUAGAGGGAAGGACUGCGACCAUGUUGGUGUAGCAGUUUUCACAUAUGAUAUCGGUCCUUGAGAUAUAUCCAUUAACAGUAAUUUUUAAAUGUUUCAGGUAUAUAUGAAUCAAACUUUUUUGAGGCGAGGCGAUCUAAUCCGAUAAAAAAUUAAUUUCUAUUUUUUUUCCCCACAAUUUCAGAUAGUGGGGUGGUGUGACAGGAUUGCUUCUGUGCCUUGUGUACGGGAAAGAAAUUUCUUGGACGAACCUGAGUACUUUUGUUUCCCACCCAAUACAAAGUUGUUGGGCGACAUCUUGUUGUGUUCUCCAUUUGUGGCUUAGGGAUUGACAUUACUUUCUGUGGCCUAGUGAUAUUUGAGUUGUGUUUUCAUCGUCUGGGCACGUGUGCAUAGGAUCUGGCUAGCUACGGACCCUAAAGCUAGUGAGCCCAAAUAAUAAUAAUAAUAAUAAUAAUAAUUCCAUUC